AUGGGCUCCAACAAACCCGACUCCUCCCCCGACUCCUCCUCCCCUUUAAUCACCCUCACAAACCCCACCCCCUCCGAACUCCCCAAAAUCUUCACCCUCUCCCACCCCAAAUGGGGCCCCGCGUUAACCCUGCAAGACUACCUCGACAGAGAAGCCUACCUCACCACCGUGCCCCUAUCCAAAAACGGGGGCAUCACCCACUGGCUUUUGACUCUGUCCUCCCCCCCAUCCCCCUCAGGGGAAAGACCAAUCCUAGCAUCAUGCGAAUCCAUCAAGAAACGCGCCUUUUACACCACCCCCUCCGGCUCCGUCCGCGAGGGUGUCGCCCACGGCAUCGCCUCUGUCUUCACCGACCCAGAGUACAGAGGCAGAGGCUACGCCUCGAGAAUGAUGUCUGACCUGGGCCAACGGCUCAAGACCUGGCAAGACGGCGGGGAGGACAGGCCGGUGGUGUUUAGCGUGUUGUAUAGUGAUAUUGGGAAGGGGUUCUAUGCCAAGCAUGGGUGGGCGCCGUUUCGGUCGAGUCAUGUUUCUUGGACGCCAUCGUCCGCUGCCGGGUCGCCUCGAGGGAAAGGGGUCAAGACGAUUGGGUAUCAUGAGCUGGCGGAGCUCUGCGCCGUUGAUGAGAGGUUGCUAAAGGAACGACUGGCCAGGUUGGCGAAGGAGGAUGGCGGGAAAAAGAGACAUGUUGCUUUGGCGCCGGAGUUGGAUCAGCUGCUUUGGCAUUUGAUGAGGGAGGAUUUCAUGACGAAGCAUAUCUUUGGGAGGACGCCUGAGGUUAGGGGGGCGGUGGCGGGGGAGAAGGGGAGGAGGGUCUGGGCUGUUUGGACUAGGGGGUAUUAUGGGGGGUUGGGGAAGACGGAGGGGAAUACGUUGCAUGUGCUGAGGGUGGUGGUGGAGGAUGAGGAGAAUACGGCUGAGGAGGAGCUCGUCGAGGGGUUUAAAGCGAUUGUUGGGAUUGCGCGGGCGGAGGCGGACGAGUGGAGGAGCCAUGAUGUGCAGAUGUGGAAUCCGACGGGGUUGGUGAGGGGGUUGGUGGAGAAGAUUGGGGUUGAGUAUGAGUUUGUUGAAAGGGAUAAGGAGAGUAUUGCUAGUUUGAUGUGGUAUGGGGAGGAGGAGGGGGAGGAGGUGGACUGGGUGGCUAACGAGAAGUAUGCUUGGUGUUGA